GUGAAUCGCUCGGCUGCACAACAACCACCGAGCUCUGCAUUCGUUCUCAAAUCUUCGUAGGAUAUAUCUAUUGGUUAAGGUCGCAGAGCCCGUAGUAAGCUAUAUGCAGUAUUUGCGCAGGUUCUUUGCACAAUGUUAGCCCUCAAAACGCAAAGAAGUAGCCCGGAGGUGAAGAAGAGCGAGGAUGUGGUGAACAAACCUGUGCAUUAUCCGUUCUGGUUUGGAGGGAGCGCGAGUUGUUGUGCGACGCUGUUUACACAUCCGCUGGACCUUGUCAAGGUCCGGUUACAAACACAAUCAGUCAGUGGAGUCAAGCUGAACAUGUCGCAAAUGUUCGCCCACAUUGCAAAGACCGACGGCAUAGGCGGUCUUUAUCGCGGUCUCUCCGCCGCCCAACUCCGCCAAAUCACCUACUCCAUGACCCGCUUCGGCGUCUACGAAUCCCUCAAAGACCGCUUCACCACCUCCGACACAAAACCCUCCUUCCUGACUCUCGUAGGCAUGGCCUCCAUAUCCGGCUUCCUGGGCGGCUUCGCCGGCAACCCGGGCGACAUCCUGAAUGUGCGGAUGCAGCACGACUCCGCGCUGCCCCCAGAAAAACGCCGUAACUACAAACACGCUUUAAAUGGCGUUGUGAGAAUGACACGCGAAGAAGGCGUAGCCAGUCUGUGGAAAGGCGUAUGGCCCAACAGCGCGCGCGCAGUGCUCAUGACGGUCGGCCAGCUCGCGACCUACGACGGCUUCAAGGGCGUGCUGCUAAACUACACGCCCCUGCAAGACAACCUGACAACGCAUUUCACAGCGUCGUUCCUCGCCGGGUUCGUGGCAACGACGAUAUGCAGUCCCGUCGACGUGAUCAAGACGCGGGUGAUGAGUUCGCACGUCAAGGAAGGCUUGGUCAAGCUCAUCACCGAUACCACGAGGCAGGAGGGCCUGAGAUGGAUGUUCAAGGGCUGGGUGCCGAGUUUUAUCAGGGUGGGGCCGCAUACGGUGUUGACGUUUUUGUUUUUGGAACAACAUAAGAAGUACCACAGACAGUUUAAGGGGCUGGAAUAGGCGCAGCCAUGUCGAAUGUGGAAGAGAGGAAGACGACAAAAGCAGCGAGGUUUUGUUUUCGAGUAUAUCGUUGUAUACCAGUGCGCACGUGCGCAUGUCGCAUAUGCUGGCGUUUUGGCGAGAUCAGGGUGUAUAGUUGUUGGGUCGCGUAGACGGACAUAUGCAAAUAAAUACCUCAAAUCGAUAUAAGUUCGAGACGUCACAGGGAUGAGAGGAAAA